AUGGUGCUGAUAGCCUACUGGAGCUUUUAUUUGCGGUAUGGCUUGUAUCCCGUUUUUGGAAUUGCAGUAUUGAUUCAGUACUGUAAUCGCGAAUUCGAAGAUGAAAAAAUACUGAUUCAGCAUCAGAAAGCAAAGCAUUUUAAAUGUCAUAUCUGUCAUAAAAAAUUGUUUACGGGUCCUGGGUUAGCUAUUCAUUGCAUGCAGGUCCACAAAGAAACAAUUGAUAAAAUACCUGCCGCUUUACCUGGAAAAGACUCGGUGGAAGUAGAAGUUUACGGUAUGGAAGGUAUACCUGACGAUAACUUAGGUUUCAAAAAAAUUGAUUUUUUAUUUAUCAUUGAUGAAACUCCUAAGAAAGAGCCUAAGAUGUCAAAUAAUCCAGUGCCUCCUCCAAUAGCUCCUUUUCCUAUGCUACCUCCCGGUAUACCCCCUAUGAUUCCCGGUUUCCCACCAAUCCCACCUGCUGGCUUACCUCCAUUUGCUCCUCCUUUUAUGCCAGGAAUGCCGGCGCCUCCAAGAACUCUUCCUGCACUUCCAGUUGUACCGCCAAGCAAAAUUGGUAACUGUUGUUACAGCAUCGGGAUGCCUCCUCGAACACCGUUACCCCCUAACGGUCCAGUAUCUGUACCCGCAGUCACAACUGCUGGAGCAGUUGCGACACAACCUCCACCUGCUAGCGUACCAGCAGCCUUUCCAGCUUAUAGUGACCCGUCUUCUAGUAAACCUAUUGAAUCAGAACGAAAGUUUCAAAUGCCAAGUUUGUGUCAAAAACUUGGAGCAAAGAUACACAUCAUGCAUCCUGAUGAAGAUUUAUCACUGGAGGAACGGUUAGCUAUCAGUAAAGGAUACAUCUAG